UCAAGACGUCGCGACGCGGUCCGUCCAUCACAUCGUCGCGAAUAGACAUUACACGUACGUUGAAAUAAACGAAAGAAGAAAAAAACAAAUAAUACUAAAUAGAAAUGAAAGAUUUAAAGAAAAUGAACGAAUAAAUCUAAAUAACAGUAACAAUAAUUGAUAAAUUGAAAAAAAAAAAAAAACGGGGAAAAACCAGAUAAACUAAACUUCACAUUUCAUUAUAAAAUAAAUUCAUCGAAAUUUAUAUAAUAAUCGUUGUUGUUGUUGUAUUCGUCGUUACUACAAUUAUUGCGAAAUUGGGUUUUGGAUUUUUGGAUUUUUUUGAUCAUACUUUUUCAAAUUAUUCUCCGAUCAUAUUCCAGUUGAUUUGAAAAAUUUUACCCGUACAAUCGAUUUGAUACAGUUCAAUUGAUAUUAAAUUUGCAUCGACAUGACUCGUUCUACCGCAGCUGAAUUUGGUGGAUUUUUACCACUGCAACGAUUAUCAUCGAACAAUUAUAGUCAGCAUAAUCGAAGGGCUGCGAUUUUUCUGAUCAGAAUAAUGCUACCGCUUUGGUGUAUCCUUGGGACUGUUAUAAGCGGACCAGCGCCUGAUGUUGCCCAAAAACUCGAUACUCGUUUUACGACAACCAGACCUGUUAAGAUAAUCGUAGACAUGGCCACCGCCAGAUCCAAGUUGCCAAUACCCGUUGUAAAUUCCGAACUCAAAACUACUACGACUACGGCACCUUCUCCGGCAUCUUCUUCGGAGCAGCCCUUAUAUCGUGUAAACAGCAGUAACGGACAAGCUUGCAUUUUACUUCAAGUAGACGCUCUGAUCACGGUGAAAUAUAGGACAAAAGUUGGAGAGGAAAGGGAAGCGGAUAUUUACGUACCCAACGACGCUACGGUUACUGGAAAUUGCGUUAACGAUAAUUCUGCUACUAUGUCAUUAAAGUGGAACGCGUUCGUUUUAUUCUGGAGCUUCGCAAGGUCACCCGGAGGCGAGGGAUGGUACGUCGAUAAAAUUGAACUGACUUACAACUCCAGUGAUCGUCAUUUCGAGUUAAUCGAUCAACCGAAUAAAACGAUAAGAUUGAGCACGGGGAAAAAACAUUCAACCAUGUUCUUCCCUACUCCGGUUGGAAAAUCUUACGCGUGUGCGGAAAAGGAAAUUCCUUUGACAGAUGGAAAAACUCAGGCGAGCGUUCUGCUGAGAGAAAUGAAACUCCAGCCGUUUAAAUUCAAGAGCAACAAUUUCGCCACCGAAUUUUGGUGCAGGCCCGAACGCGCUGCAAGGGAUGAAACGGCCGCUGUUGCUGUCGGUUCAACCCUUGCGGCUGCUGUUCUUUUAACCAUAACCGGAUAUGCAGCGUAUCGAUAUUUCAAGGUUAAAAAAGUCCAGUACGACACCAUGGAGUAAAGUUUAAUUUCAAUUCAAUCCUCACUCUUUUUUCCUCCGAUCUAUUGAUGGGAGGAAAAUAAGGUAUCGAUGAACGGUUUGUUCCAGCGGAGCAAAAAUUUCAGCCUUUUGCCCGGGUACUUAGAUAUUUCACAAUAAGUACAAUUAUUUUCAUAAACUUGAUCCAGAGAUCGUAGGACGUGGGUUGGAGUUAUCGAAUAUCGUAUGAGAUCGUUUCUUUUAAAUAAGUAGUUAAAAAUUCGCAAAAAGAAGCAAAGUGUCGUUAUUAUUGAAAAAAAAACUGCGUCAUAUCUAUGGAACAAUAUAAAUGAUAUAAUCGAUAAUAUUAAAUUGAUUGUCACUGCAAAUAGUGACGGAAAGAUCAAAUUAAUCAUACAAACAUAUAAUUGUAAACAUAUCUUGUGAAACAUUUCAAAGUUUCUCAAUUUUGAGAUCGCCCUUGUUAGGCAGCUGAAGUUAAACUAUAAUUACAAAAACGUAUGUAUAGUAUAGUUAGUGUAUAUUCAAAUACUAUGAUGUACGGUGCCCAACUAUAAGACAUAACUUUCGAUGAACAUAUCUAUUAUUAUUUAUUUUAUUUAUUUCGGCUCGUAUUUAACAAACAAAAAAAAAAUAUCGACAAAAAUCCGUAAAAUUUCUCGUGUAAUAUUAUCAUUUGUGUUUACGAUGAAAAAAGAGGAAAAGAACAAAAAAAAAUGAUAUAAUAUAAUAAUAAUAUUCAGAUAAAACCAUGAAUAAUUAUACAGUCAGAUUUAUUAUAUAAUCAUUCGCUUCGGGUAUUUUUAUAAAUCAUAAUAAUUAUAUAUAAUAAACGUGUAUAAAUAAUUAUCACAUAGGUAUAUAUAUGCAUAUCUAUGUAUAUAACUCAAUACAUAUAUACAUACCUAUAUGUAUAAUACAUCGAUAAUUCUUUAUUCAUCAAAUGAUCUGUGUAAUUAAUUAAUUAGUCAAUUCAUAUAGAAUUAUAAUUAAUUUAUUUGCUCUUUCGCGACUGCUAUAUCCAUAAAUAGGUAUAUAGGUAUAAAUAGAUCUAAAUAAGCCUCGUGUAAUUCAAUUUGUGCUCCACGUUAUUAUCGACUGCAUAUUUUUAUUUUUGUUAUCAGUUUUCCAUUAUGAUCAUCGCAUUACCGGUGUUGUUGUUACUAUUAUUAUUAUCGUAGUUAUUAUCAUUAUUUUUAUCAUUACGAUAAUUAUUGUUAUUAUUAUUAUUAUUGAAACCAUGAUCAUAAUACACUAGACAGUGUACGAUAAUACAUACAUAUAUUAUACGUACAUGUUAGGGUGGACCAAAAAGUGAAUAUUUUUUUUUCAUCACCAUGCAAUUAUAGUUAGAGAUAAUGAAAAAAGAAAUCCUGUCGACCAUUGAGUUUCUAUUAUGUUCCGGUCAUUUCGAUCUAUUCGAUAAAAUUUCAAAAUUUUAAUAAAAAAUUUCACAUGUUGUUUGAGUGGGAAGUAGAAAAUAAGGGCCCACCCUAAUAUAUGUAUAUGAUUUCUUGUGAAAAUGGGAGGAAAUCUUUUUCUUUUGACAAGAUUUUCAAACUGAAAUUUCUCCAUUUUAUCUUCCUGACCUUUAAGUUUGUGAAGUUCAUUGAUUUUUCACGCUUAUUUUCUCUUUCAAAAAAUAACGUUGUCUUCGUUUUUCACAAGAAAUUAUCCAAUUGAAAAAUAAAUGUCCUUAGGGGUAAAAUGGAGACACCAUGUAAUAAAUAACGCGUAUGUUACCGAAGAGACGUUGAUAAUUAUACCGAGAUAGAUAAUGAUGCGUACCCCGAAAAAAAUACUUGCAGAAAGAAACACAAUACACCAGAAAAAAAGAAUUCGAACAAAAUGAAGAGAUUAUAGGAGGAUAUUAAUCAAUAUAAAAAACAAAAAAAAAAAAAAAAACGGCGUGAGACAAAGAAAUAUUAAAAAAUUAAACAUAAAAUAAAAUAAAUAUAUAUAAUGAGAAUAUA